AUGGCGGCGCUGGGACAGUUCGUCUCGCUGCUCAUCACCUCCACCGGCUUCGCCUCCUCCGAGCUUGCACGCCGAGGUGUCAAUGCACCUACAUCACAGUCAUUGCUGAAUUACAUCCUUCUUGCACUUGUUUAUGGUGGAACACUGCUAUACAAAAGGCAACAUAUGACGAUCAAAUGGUACUACUACUUGAUCCUAGGCAUCGUUGAUGUGGAAGCUAACUACAUUGGUAUGUUCCAGGAAAACCAAGAUAGUAGCCCGCCACAAACACAACUCGUAGCUACCACAACGGAAGGUACAAGUACUGGUCGGAGCAAGAUAGAGUUUGAGUGGAGCGCACAAGUGAUGGGAUGGUCAAUGCCAAGCCAACCUUUGCUACAGUGCUAG